UCUGAGGACUACACCUCCCAUGAUGCUCAGCCUGCAGCCUGAAUGGCAGAGCAUCUCGGGACAUGUUGUUCCUCGCACGGCUGGAGGUGACCAGGCUGGCUGAAAUGGGUUUCCCCACAGAGAGGGCUCCAGCUGCCGUGGGGGCUACAGCUCCCAUCAUGCUCUCCAGUGUUCUGGCCGGCAGAGCAUUGUGGGAGUUGUAGUUUAUGGAUAAGCCCUCUUUACCUUCCCCCUGUCCGAGUGUGAUGCUCAGCCUGUCUGCAUGUGUGACUGUCCAUCAGGGGAUCCAUCACGGCUGGGCUACCAGACACUGGAAAGUUCACAGAACAUACUAUCCCUUGGAGUGUUACCAAAGAGGUCUGGCUAACUGAAUGAGCUUCUCUUUGGAUCUAUAACUGACACUGCCAUAGAUCAUGGGUCAGAAAGUCACAGGAGGUAUAAAGACAGUGGACAUGAGGGACCCUGCAUACAGGCCACUGAAACAAGAUCUUCAAGGACUUGACUACUGUAAGCCUUCCCGACUAGACAUGUUGUUGGAUAUGCCUCCAGUGUCUUACGAAGUACAACUUCAGCACUCUUGGAAUAACAAUGAUCGAUCACUAAAUGUCUUUGUCAAAGAGGACGACAAACUUGUUUUUCACCGGCAUCCGGUGGCACAAAGUACAGAUGCAAUUCGUGGAAAAAUGGGCUACACAAGAGGCUUGCAUGUAUGGGAAAUUACGUGGGUUAUGCGGCAGAGGGGGACACACGCUGUUGUUGGUGUUGCUACAGGAGAUGCCCCUCUACAUUCCGUGGGCUACACUACACUUAUAGGUAGUAACUGUAAAUCAUGGGGAUGGGAUUUGGGACGGAACAAAUUAUAUCACGAUGGUAAAAAUCAGCCAAGUAGAACAUAUCCUGCCUUUUUGGAGUCUGACGAAACUUUUAUAGUUCCGGACUCUUUCCUGGUAGUUCUAGAUAUGGAUGAUGGAACUCUUGGCUUUAUUGUUGAUGGACAGUUCAUGGGUACUGCCUUUCGAGGACUAAAGGGAAAAAAACUCUAUCCUGUUGUGAGUGCUGUUUGGGGUCACUGUGAAAUCCGAAUGCGUUACCUAAAUGGGCUUGAUCCUGAGCCUUUGCCGUUGAUGGAUUUGUGUCGACGAUCUGUUCGUGUUGCAUUGGGAAAAGAGAGACUGAACGAAAUUCAAGCGCUUCCAUUACCAGCAUCUCUUAAAGGCUACCUGCUCUAUCACUGACACGUGUGGUAUACUCCUGAUUCUUGCAGACUUAUGAACUAGUCCACUUAAAUCCCUGUGCUAUGCACCUCAAAGCUCAAGUUUGUUUGCCCCAUGUUGCUCCUUGGUUGCUCCUUGGCACCGUGGUGCCAUCUUCUUACUUGCAUGCUUCCAACUUCAAAAUACCUCCAAGUGGGCUCUACUUAACACAUGGGUUCCUGCGGAUGUUGGACUCUUUGUGCAGGCGAUCGGGAACAUUGCAUGUGACUUGUCCAAGUGGGGUCACCACUGGUAACUUCUGUUUAUAAUUGUAACUUCAAGUUGUGUCCUUAUCAGGGAUACACCCCAAAACUUAAUUUGUCAACUAUUUUUAAAUGUCUUUCCAUCUUAACACUUUUUUAAGUGGGCUCUUUGCAGGUUUUAGCAUUUGGUUGACUGUGUUGAAAUGUAAAUAAUCCUUGCUUGUUGGGCACUGAAGGAUUUACAUGCAAGAUCAAUGGAUAACAAUACCAAAUGAACUUAUAUUAAGUGAGGUAGUUGCAUGUUUGAAGGCAUGAGUUUGUUUUAAAAGGCAUGUCAUCAGUUUGGCAGAACCUAAACACUAAGCCAUUACAGGUCAAUAUCAUUUAAAUUACAAAAUGGGUUUUAAAGGCUCGGAUGGACCCCCAGCAUUCGGGCACAGUUGAGUAGAAGCAAAGUUCCUGCCUUUCUGUUUUGUGGCUUUAUGAUUCAGCCCUGUCUCCUUUAGUCAUCUUUCUGCCUGAUGGGCAAAUGGUGCAUUAGGACUGUAACAGUCCCUAUCCAACAUCAUUGUCUUAUGACUCUGGAAACUUUAAGUGCAAUAUAAAUGCUUGCAUGAUCUGAGAGCCUCUAAUCUUAACUUCAUUCAGUUCAUGUAAAAGUGGACUGUAGCCUUUGCGUUGCAAAAAACUGAUCUCCAGUAAAUGACAAUAGCAGGUAAAUAGUGCCCUUUUUUUAAA